GGAACGGCUGCCGGCUCUCGCGAGACUUGCUUGGAGUUGGCUCGCAGGGUCCGGCGGACUGGAAGGCUACAGCGGCAGGUGGGGAACAUGUCCGAUUCAGAGCUCGGCAAGAAGUGGGACCGAUGCAUGGCGGAUGCGGUCGUGAAAAUAGGUACUGGUUUUGGAUUAGGAAUUGUUUUCUCCCUUACCUUCUUUAAAAGAAGAAUGUGGCCGUUAGCCUUCGGUUCUGGCAUGGGAUUGGGAAUGGCAUACUCCAACUGUCAGCAUGAUUUCCAGGCUCCAUAUCUUCUCCAUGGAAAAUAUGUCAAAGAGCAGUGAUUUACACCCAAGAACAUCCCAGUGGGAGGCAAGGAGAAAUCAUGUUUAUUCCUCAGGAAUAUUGACGUGCCCUGGAGUAAGCUGAUGUUCUUCUGUAACAAUGUUAUCAGUAAUGCUUUAUACUCCAGCACACUGUUUAUGUAACUGAAACCAAGUCUCUUUCUUAUUUUGUAUUUUCUUUCUGGAAAUUGCAAGGAGGUGGUCUUGAAAUAAAUUAAAAAUAGGAAGCCCA